AACGUGACGUCAGUACCAGAAUUUCCGGAUGAUUCAGAGUCACUUCGUCAUCAUCUGUGUGUAAUAUCUGUGUAACUUUUUGGUCACUCCCACCGUUCUAAACACCUUGUACCUGUACGAACCAGUCGCCAAGAUGUCCAACAUGGAGAAACACCUCUUCAAUCUCAAGUUCGCCGCCAAGGACUUACAGAGGAACGCCAAGAAGUGCGACAAAAUGGAGAAAGAGGAAAAGACCAAGCUGAAGAAGGCGAUCCAGAAAAACAACAUGGAAGGCGCCCGUAUUCACGCCGAGAAUUCCAUCCGACAGCACAACCAGUCUCUGAACUACCUCCGCAUGAGUUCCAGGAUAGACGCCGUGGCGCAGAGAGUCCAGACGGCGGUCACUAUGAAGAAGGUGACCAAGGAUAUGGCCGGAGUGGUCAAGUCUAUGGACGCAGCUAUGCGCUCCAUGAAUCUAGAAAAGGUGACCGGCCUGAUGGACAAAUUCGAGAGGCAGUUCGAGGAUCUAGACGUGCAGUCAGCGCAGAUGGAGGACGCCAUGAGCGGCACCACGACUCUGAAUGUGCCGACGGACCAGGUGGACAACCUGAUGCACCAGGUGGCUGACGAGGCCGGGCUGGAGUUGAACAUGGAGCUGCCGCAGGGUCAGACCAGCACCAUCGGUACACCGUCUACAGCUUCCGAACAACAGGACGAACUGUCACAGAGGCUGGCACAGCUCAGGCAGAUGUAAACAACAACAACAACAACAACAGUACAUCCUUUGUAUGCCGUCUUCAAUAUCAAAAGACAAGACUGUCUUCGUUCAAAUAAUAGUACAGUACUGUGCACAUGUAACGUUACUUAAUUAGGUAACUUUCUUUUUGGGAAUGCCAUAUAACAACUUUGUACUAUUACCACUCUUUGCAAUGAAUGAUGCAAAAAUGUUUUGUUUCAAGCCUUCAGUUUAGUUGCUCACAGCUACUCAUAUUGAUACCGAUCUGUUAGAAAAGACACAUCUUUAUCUAUAGUUUAUGGUGACAGAAGCUUCUAUGUGUGAACUGUACAGGAAAUAAGCUACAGUUGUAUGUAAUCAGCAUGCCUGUAUCAUUCUCAUACUGUAUUUACUCUUAUCACUGGUACUGUGCUAUAGCUAUUGCCUCUACCAGGCUCUGUGGAUCAUUGGUCAAAUAGUAGAAAUUGGACAAAUAGACGAAAUACUCCAAAUAGUGUGGCCUAUUCCAUCUAUUUGUCCAAUUUGUACCAUUUGGCCAUUGAUCCGUGGAGCCUGGUAGAGGCUACUAUACAUGUAGCUCUGGUAUUUGAUGGAGUGAGUGUAGAAACAGUAUGAAAAUAUUAUUUAGCAACUCUAUGAAACCCACUGGGUAGACGUGAUAAUUUAGCAGCUGCAUACAACAUGUAAUUUUGGAACUCAAAUUGUAAAUAUUAUGUCUGCCCCCUCCCAUUUGUAUCAAUGGUGAUACAAUUAUGGAUGAUGUAUUUGUAAAGUAUUACAUGCAAACUUGUUUAUCGAUUCCUGGUUUACAUUAUGAUACGAUUUUGUAGCUGGUAGUUAGGGCCAGAAUCUAUCAAUAUUGAUAAUUAUUGGUAUGGAACUUAUAUCCUCUUUGGUUACGCAAGAUUAUUCCUUGUUUACACCUAAUACUAGUGAAGAAACAUGUUUAAUUGUAAAGGGAACUUUGCUGUAACUUUAAUUGAUAAGUAAACUUCUGUUGUAUGUCUGUGGUGUUAAGGAAAGUGUAAAUGGAGUUAUAGUAAAGAUUUGAUUUAUAAAGCAUACUAAAGCAUAGUCUGAUGUAUACGUGCAGUCUGACUCGUGUAAAUAUUCAAGUGUUCACCAUUGCCUUUUUGAUACUUGGAGAAUAUCAGCCAGAGUUUUAAAGUUCAGCUGUUUAAGUUACACAGGAUUGAAUUGAAUAAAGAUUCUGCAAUGCUGAA